AAAUACAGGAUUUUUUGUAAAUUGUAAAAAAAAUUUUUGUACGCUGUUGACAGCUUAUUUCUUGUCACUAAAAUUCUUUUCGAGCGAAGCGAAUUUGCCUACUACUUUUUACUGCAACCAUAGGACGCGAAAAAUGACUUUUCGUGGCAACCCUUAUACGGCACAUAACGCAUCGCCAUUUUUAUUAUCGUGCGUGAAAAUUACGUAGAAUUUCAGUAAAAGUAAUUUUUAUACAUUGGAAUUACAUUUUCUAACAAGAGGUCGUAUAAGAACAUUAAUGUUUGUUUUUAUAAAAUGCGUGUAACUAAAAGUGAUAUAACUCUAGAAUUAGAGUGUUGGAUCGAUGAUUUAUCGGCGGCUCAAUUGGCCGCCUAUGAAAAAGUUGCAAAUGAACACAAUGCCAUUAAGAAUGCUCUUAAGAGUGCGCUAAGCAAUAACGAGGGAAAAGAAAUUUUUAAUGGACAGGUUUUUCAAGCUUAUUCAUUUAAAGGAAAAGUUUUACAAGAGCUAAAAGAAGCUACAGUUCCUAAAAAACAGCCAAAAUCCGAACCUGCGCCUACGCCGCCCCCUACUGUUGGUACUCGUGGUGGGCGUAAACGUCCACCAAAUUUUGUAUUUUUGGAAUCGUCUGACGAAGAAGAGGAUAAUAUACCAUUGGCUAAGCGUGUAGCAAUCACUUCAACUAAAAAAUCAACCACAAGUACAAGUAAUUCUGCAAGCACUAGUAAAACAGCUAUAAAUACUCGACAAAAAGCCGCAACUACCAGUACUAGUGGUAAAGGUUCACCACAAUUAAAUAAGAGCACUGUCGAUAAAAAAGCUGCUAAUAGUAAGAGUGAAAAAGCAUCUACAAAUUCAAUACCGGCAUCUGGUUUUCGACCUUCGGAAUCAACAUCAGUUGGUGGUUUAGUUGUGGGUAGUGAAACUAAAAAUGGUAAAGAUUCAAAGGAUAAUAAAGAGACGAAGCUGCAAGGUAAAACUUUUCCUUCGCUUGUGGUUUUGGCUAGACCAUGGUUAAAAGCAAAAGAUAUGUCUGCCACUCGUAGCAAGCUGGAUUCAAAGGUUAAGUUAGUGUUGAUGUUGACGCCAAAUAAGUUUACGGAAUGGCUUAUUCAAGAAGGCUUGUUGAAAGCAGAACAAAAGUGCGAAAGUCAUCAGACUAGUGAGCUUAAAUUAGGUGUUUAUUCUGAUGCUUCCAAAUUUCCAUACACUGGUGGAUAUGUUUGGAUAAGUGAAUGUUGUCCAACUCGAUUUAUAUCAGUGUUUCAUGGUUCCAUAUUUGAAGGUGCACCGCAUCCUCCAUCUUGUAUACUGAAACUGAUAUACCAUUGGUCAUGUCAAACAAACAUUCAAAACGUUGUACAGUGGGUUAAAGUAGAUAAUGUAUAUAUAAAAGGAGUAUAUACUUGGUUGCGUGCAGUUUGUACAUUAGCUGUACAUCAAAAAUCCAAAAAAUUGGGUGGACCUGAAAAAUUUGUAGAGGUUGGUGUCAUAUCACUUGGUACUACUUCUCAAGACGGACAACAACGUCAAGUUAAAGUUGAAGUUCUGGGAGUUUUAGAUUUUACUGAUAAAACAAUUCGACUGCGCGCUGUUGAACCGGUCUCCGAUGCAGAUCGUAAUUAUAAGAAACGUUUCCAGACUAUAUUAGAACCGUUGCAACGUUGGGUAGAUAAAGAUAGUAUUAUUUCAAUUGAUUUGACGGUUGAUAAAAUGACUUUACAUUCAAUGGGUUUUAAAAAUAUUGUACAAGCAGCAGCCACAGAUACUUCAGCUAAACAUAAUAAUUCCGCAGUUAUGGAUUAUUUGCGACAUAUUGUUCCACGCAUGUUCCAAAAUACCUUAUCUUUAUUAUCACGUCAGAUGAUACAACAAUUUUUAGAUGAACUUGUUUGGAGAGAACAGUUUGGCACUUAUGCUCUUCAAGCAUUUAAUAACAUAACUGCACAUAUUGCUGAACAGACACGUAUGAACACAAAUGAAACAUUAACGCAGCGUUUAUAUCAGGUUGCAACUAAUCCAUUUAAGGACUGGAGUCCCUUGCCACCAAAUUUUAAGGAUACGCCUGCAAACAAUACUCCUAAGCGUCUGAAAAAACCUAUUAACGAAGCAGAUUAUAUGCAGCCAGAGAAAGAAAAGGAGAAACCCGCUAUAAAAAUUAGUAAAAAAGAAAAGGAGCGUGUGCCUACACCCACUCCAGCAACUAGUAAACGCAGAAGUGCUGCAAUCGCAGCACAAGCUUCUUUUGAAGAAAAACCAGAUAAACAUGAAAAACCAGAGAAAAAAGUUACAACCCAAAAAUCUACGACUGGAGUCAAGACCACUCAAUCUAAAAAUACCCCCACAACGAAAGCUAGUGUUGUAGCUUCAAAAAAAGCUCCAAUUGAAAUAAAAACCAUCAAAAAGGAAGAUGAUGAUUUAAGAGGUUUAGAGGAAAUGUAUUAUGGCGUGCGAGACGGCAAUGAUGAAAAUUUCGAAAGUUUCCCUUACACAACUUUAAAUAAUGGUGUUGUUAGUACUGCCAGUACGGAAGUCCAAUGUUCUAUUUGCGAUACAAAGGAAACUUUUGAUUCAAAUGAAAAACUUCAGACGCAUAUAGUCUCACAUAUUAAUCUCGAUGGCAAAGAUCAUCAAUUUCAGUGUCUGUUUUGCCUAGAUAAAUCUCCAACAGAGGCGGUUUUGGCAAAGCAUAGUCAAUUAAUGCAUCCGACUGAAACAAAAAUAUCAUCAUCACCGUCUUAUCAUUGUCUUAUUUGCCAGCAACGUCACAAUUCGUUACACCAUCUUAGCAUACACCUUCAAAAGGUACAUAACAUGCUGGAAUUACCGUACAAUUGUCAAGCAUGCGGUUAUCGAUCAUCUUCUCAUCGUGAUGUUGUACGUCACUUCUACGAUGAUCAUAAAAACCAAAACUUCUUACAAUGUCCUUUCUGCUUAGAUAUUUUCCGCUUUUCUUAUAAAGGAAAAAUUAAUAUGAACAAUAUUGAUAAUUACUACAUGCAUUUGCGUCAACAUGUCAGUAGAAAGGAACCACAGAUGCGUUGUCAAAAAUGCGCCUUAAGUUUUAUAAACAAAGGUGCUCUAAAGCAACACAGCAGUAACCACCAUGUGAGCUUUACGAAAAAUCCACAGAAUGUACGUUUACUUUUGAAUAAUUCAUUAUUGAUAUCACCACCAAAAGUACGCACACAUCAUCGUGAACCUCAACCAUUUACGAUACAAAAGAAAUUUGGUGAAGUAUGUACAUUAAUUGAAGGAUCGAUUUGUGUUGAGUGCAAUUCUGAAAUAAUAAACGAUGAACACUAUAGUGUGUUUAUGAAAUGCAAUAAAUGUAACUACAAAACUUGUUGUGAACGUGCAAUAUUUGAUCAUUGCGUUGGCUGCAAUGGUACAAAUGGCAUAGGAGAUGAAAUGGAAUUGCCACUACCAAAUGAAAUGCAUUGCAUUUGCGGUUUUUCCACAGCAAUUGGAAAUAAAAUGGCACAUCAUUUAGCAACUUGUGGACAAAAAUCAGCAUAUCCAACAGUGGAACUGGCACAAGAAAAUACAGUUAAAAGAAAUAUGUUAGAUAUGCUUGGAUUAGUACGACGCGACGGUGAAGGGUGCAACGAUGGCGAAGAUUCUGCAACUGCGGCUGCAAUAGCAGCAAGUACUAAUUUCCAAGAUGAAUUGCAACAAAGUUUUUCUAAUAUUGUUGAAAGUGACGAACAGGAGCAGCAAGAGCAACAACAGCAGCAGAUCGAAAAACAAGAACCACAAAAUGACAAUAAUCAAACACCAAUACAAUUUGGUGAAACAGAAGCAACACCAAUUAUGGAAUCUAAUCAAGGAACUUUAACAACUAAUGAUCAAAACUAUGCAAAUAUUGUAGAUUCUACUUCUAGUCUUCCCACAACAACUCAAUCAACACAAUACAAUAUUGGUUUCGGACAGCCAGAAGUGGAACCACAUACUUUAGGUGAACCUGACAUUGGUAUGCCACUUAUAGGUGAACUUCAAGAUCCUAAUCCGCCAGCAACACCACAAUUUUUAGGUGAAGUGCAUACACCAAUGUUUGACGCUGCCGCUGUUGCCGAACAACAACAUUAUAAUCAAAUGAUGCAAUAAAAUUAUUGAUGCAAUACAAUUUAUAUAUAAACCAACCACCUUGUAAGAAAACGAUUAAAGCAAAUAUUAAAUGCAAAUCUAGGACAAAACGUACUUGUGAUACGAUAUUAACAUCUGUGGUCACAAUAAUAUAUUUUAAUAUAUCCUUGUAAUUUGUAUUAUUUAUUAUAUUAUAAUUGUAGUCAUAUGCAAUC